GAUGUUUAUAGAACGCUGUUUUGUAUUCUGGUGUAAGAGAAAAUUUCAGAAAUUUUUACAGAUUUUUUUUAUUUUAGCCCCGGACUCGAGACUCGAUAAUAUUAUCACAAUCAUCACUAUCCAACUUUCCCGUAACUUUCAAUUUGUAUUUUAUGUUUCAUCCCUCUCAUUUUCGGCAGCACCUGGUCAAUUUUUACCUAUAACUUCUAAAAUACUUCAAAAAAAAUUCUGCAAAUUUUGA